AUGUUGCUUUGGCCUCUCGCGUCAGAUUUCAUCGGUAUAGAAGUGAACAAUGGUGCUUCCACCAACUGUUGGUCAGGUUGCGGCCUCCCUCAAAGAGCGUAUUGGGAGAAUCUAGCAUAUGCAACUCCCGAACAACAAAGAAAUACGCUUGGUGAGUAUCUGUAUUCAUUGGUGGAAAAACUUGAGCCACUCUGGACAAGAGAAGUCACAGGAAUGCUUCUUACAUUGGACCAAAGUGAAAUCCUUCAUUUGUUGGAAUCAUCUGACGCACUUAACGUCAAAGUCAAAGAGGCAAUUGUGGUUCUAAACGGCUCGUGGAUUCCGCAGCUACAACAGCUUGUGAGUUCCAUCAAUCCCAUGAGUAAGCUCUGA